AUGAACAGUACGACGCUUGAAUUAAGUAUUCGUCAAGUAAUUACUCAAAAUGACACUUCAUUAAAUUUGUCCAAUCGUUUGUUAAGAGCAGUUCCAUCUUUGCUGAGUGAUUGUGUAUCAUUACGUAAUUUGUAUUUGAACAAUAAUGAUUUAAUUGUACCACCCAAUGAAAUUUCAUCAUUAAUAAAUCUUGAAACAUUAUCAUUAGAAUCAAAUUCUCUUACAUUAUUACCAAAUUGUUUAUGGAAUUUGACGUCACUUAUUCGAUUAAAUCUCAGUCAAAAUCCUUUAGGAUGUAUAUCAAAUAAAUUAUCAAAUUUAAUUAAUUUACGUGAAUUAUGGCUAUCAAAUUGUUCGCUAUACGAUUUACCAUGUGAAAUUGGAAAAUUAAUAAAAUUACAAAAACUUUGUUUGAAAUGUAAUCAUAUACGUCAAUUACCCGAUCAAAUUGGUCAACUAAGACUAUUAAAAUGGUUAAGUAUUGAAGAUAAUGAAUUGAAAGAUCUACCAGAUAGUUUUCAAGAUUUAUUGUCAUUGUCGUAUUUGAAUAUGAAUGGAAAUCGUUUGAUAAACAUUCCAUUAAUUAUUGGAAAAUUAAAAUCAUUAGAUGUAUUGUGUUUACAGCGAAACGCUAUUGCUGAAGUAAAUGAUGAAACAUUAUUAACAUUAUCUAGUACAACAAAAGUUGAUCUUCGUGAAAAUCCAUUAAUUCAAAAGCCUUGCCAUUGGAAGGGUUUAGAAUUUAUACUAAUCGGUUCAUGUACCAAUCAUUUGAUGGAAAAAGAUAACGAUAAUGAUAAUGUGUUAGACAAUUCUAGUCAAAACGAUGAGGAUAACUUUGAAGUUUGUCAAUCAGAUGAAUGA